AAGAGUGAAUAGUUAUAAGAAAUAAUCUCUUUUCAAGAAAAUUGAUUAGUGAUUUAUGAUUUAAAGUGAAAUAGAGUAAAAUAUAAUUUUUGUUGAAUGCGAAGCAAAUUUUCAUCUUGUUUUCCAGUUUUUUUCAUUGAAAUUUAAGUAGCAACAUGAAAAGAUUUUAUCGAUCUCUUCUCAACAUCAAAAAUCCUUUAGAGAUGAUGUGUCUUUUAAACACAUAUUAGACAAAGACAUGCGACUUGGGUCAACGUCGUUGAAUAAUCCCACAAUUGAAGUCAGUAAUGACUAUCCUGAUCUGGAUUUAGAUACACCAAUAUCAACAAUAUCUGCUUCAAAGCGUUGGAUACCAUCGGUUAUAAGUAAUCGGCGAGGAAAUGUUGACAUGGUCCAAAGUCAAUCGUUUGGGUCAGGUAGCAUGACACAACUUCGAGAUAGCUACGAGACUGAAGAUAUUUUAUCAUAUGACCGAUCAAGAAUAUCUGCUAAUAGUAUAAGUUCAUUGUAUGGUAUCGGGAGAACAAAUAGUUCAUCAGUACCGAAUGAUGCAAGUCGCUUUUUUCCACCUUUAGACACUAGUUUUACAAUAACAGAGCCAUCACACUCACCUCAUUAUUAUUUUAAUAAUACGGCUAGUGAGAAUCAAGCUUUUUUUGAGUCACAUAGAAGUUCCAGUAAAAAAAAGCGAACAACAUCUCCUGAAAGUAUUUUUCCUACAAAACUGUCAUCAGCUAUCAACUACCAUCAUUUGUAUUUAAAUGGACAAAACUCUCCACCUGCUACAUCAAGUUCAAUACAAAGUUACCGUAGUUCUCGUGAACGUUCUAUGAUUAAACGCACUGUGGUUAUGUGCCGAGAUCAACAACCCGAUGGAUCACAUGGCUUUGGAAUUUGUGUUAAAGGAGGGAAAGAAACUGGAAUUGGUAUUUAUAUUUCUCGAGUUGAGGAGAAUUCUGUAGCAGAAAGGUCGGGUCUUCGUCCAGGUGACACUAUUCUAGAAGUAAAUGGUACUCCAUUCUCAGGGAUGACACAUGAUGAAGCUCUUGCUAUUCUGAAAUCAUCACAUCAAAUAACAAUGACGGUGCGUGGACCGGUUUCACUUCACGGUUAUGGCCCACCUGCAAGCACUAGUGAUAUAUUUAAAUCAUCUCCCAUGACUGGAGCUCUUUUAUCUCCACCAUCUCAUCACACUUGUUCGUGGAUGGAUCGACAUGGUCGACCAGCAUCACCUCCUUAUGAUUUUGAAGGCCGAAGGUCAGACAAAAGAGAUAGAGUACGCAAUGUUGAACUCAUCAUAGAACCAGGCCAAUCAUUAGGCCUGAUGAUACGGGGUGGAAUCGAAUAUGGACUAGGAAUUUAUGUUACUGGAGUUGAUAAGGAUAGUGUUGCUGAUCACGCGGGAUUGAAUAUUGGAGAUCAAAUACUUGAGGUGAAUGGACAAUCAUUCAUGAAUGUGACUCAUGAUGAAGCUGUCAAUCAAUUCAAAUUCCAUAAGAGAAUGUCACUGGUUGUGCGUGAUGUUGGGAAAGUACCACAUUCUUGUACUACAGUUGAAUCAGAACCGUGGGAUAUAAAUCGAAGGAAAUGUCCAGUUUCAGCAAUGGUCGAAGAAAAAGCCCAUAGUUUACUUCCAAGACAUCAGUUUUCUAAUCUAUCUUUUUAUAUAAAAGAAUAUGGUGCUAGAGGACUUAAUGUUGAUGCAUUCGUUUCUAUUUUAUUGGAAAUGUUGGAUACUCCUGAAAAACACACGCUAGUAACAGAGAUAAGAGAAUUAAUUUUCCCUGAAGAUCGAUCUCGAUACGAUGAGCUUGUUUACAGAUGUGGAACUGUAAAAAGUACUCCACGAGUUGAUUAUCACAGCGGGCAUAGAUCUCUUCAACGAUUGCCAACAGAAAACAUUGAAGCCAGUAUAGAAGAACUGCAGAAUCAAGAUAAUUUAUCUAAUAUUGUACCUGAUGAAAAUGGAAAUUUGUUUAUAAGGGUUAGAAAAACCAAACCAAUUCUUGGGAUUGCAAUAGAAGGAGGUGCCAAUACAAAGCAUCCUUUGCCUAGGAUAAUCAACAUCCAUGAACAUGGAGCUGCAUUUGAAGCAGGUGGAUUAGAAGUAGGCCAACUAAUUCUUGAAGUAGACAAGAACAAAGUUGAAGGAAUGGAACAUCAAGAUGUUGCUCGUCUCAUAGCUGAGUGUUAUGCGAAUCGUGAUUGCAACGAUAUUACAUUUUUGGUUGUAGAAGCAAAAAAGUCAAAUCUCGAGCCAAAACCAACUGCACUUGUAUUCCUUGAGCAAUAGUCUAUUCAAAAACAAUUAGAAUUCCAAUCAAUGAAAUAUACUAUUUAAUUUAUCUGAAAUCAAGUUAAGUUUUCUGAAAAUAAAAAAAAAUCCUAAUAUCUCGUAAGUGACGAUGAGAAACUAUGUAUUUAUUACAAGUAUGAGGAAUUAAGAUUAGAC